AUGGAUCCAUCUUUCUAUAGACAGCUUGUUGGAAGCUUGAGAUAUUUGGCGUGUACAACACCCGAUAUUUUUUAUGGUGUUGGUCUUGUUAGCUGUUAUAUGAAGGCACCAACUUUAACUCACAUGGAGAUUACUAAAAGGAUGCUUCGCUACAUUAAAGGUACUCUUGAUUACGGCUUAAUUUAUUCUUCUUCUAAAAAUUUCAAGCUUCAUGGUUAUAACGAUAGUGACUGGACUAGUAAUAUUAAUGAUCGAAAAUGCACCACAGGAUUUUUGUUAUUCGUGGAUAACAGUGCUUUCACUUGGUGUUCAAAGAAGUAG